UCUUUCGUUCUCGUUUUGUGCUACGCGAGAAAAAUAAGACGAGUGGCACACGUUAGGAGUGACAAAUCAACGACGGUGACGUAUUCUUCAGCAGUUUUCUGUGACGCGUGAUUCGUGACUGGUCGGACAGUUCGCUACCGCGUUUUAUGCCCGAUCGAGCCAGGGUACGAUAACCUAAUUCGUCAAAGAUUACGUGGAUGGUUGCUUAAUUCGCUUGCAAAAUACGCGGAAAAAAAUGGAGAAGAAUGUGGUUAACGCUCAACCUUCAGUUCUACCAACAGCUCCGCCGUCUUAUGAAGAAGCCAUAGCUAAUACAGGAGGAGCAUCUACGCACCCUCCAGUUGGUCCCACAUCGUACCCUUUGGGAAAUGCGCCAGUACAAAUGCCCAUGCCAUACAAUCGGCCACCAAAUCAAACAACGAUGCCUACGCCAUCAGCUUACCCAAGCUCAAAUCAAUCAACGUCGCAGCCGCGCUUCAAUCCCGAAUUAAAUUCUGUACCACAGACGGAAGUACGAGUCAUUCAACAACAUGUGGUAUACGCUCUGGGGCCAAACGCUGUGAAAAUGUCCUGUCCGACGUGUCAUGCCGAUAUCAAAACUACCACGAUAUCAGAUCACCAGCCAAGUGCUCACCUUUGCUGCAUCGUGCUCUGCUUACUCGGAUGCUGCCUCUGCUCAUGCCUGCCAUAUUGUAUGAGCGCUUUUAUGAGUGUUCACCACUUCUGUCCAAAUUGCAAAAAUUACAUAGGCACGUGGACAGGUUGAUUUUAAGCUUAUAUGUGUACAUACACAGGUUUCAAUUUCCCGUAUAUCGGGAUACUUUGUAAGUAUAUAAAGAGCUGCUCGAUGUCCUUCGCUUACUGCACAUUAAGACAACAGAAAGAACAGAUCACUGGAAAUGUAAGUUAUACAUUACAUGCUUCAGACUUGAAGAUCAUCGCGUCAAUAUGCAAAUGACGAUUUAUCGAAAUCAAGUCUAACAUACGAAUUGUAGAUAUAGACGAGUAUGUGGAUUCUAGAUCAUUUGAAGAAUGAAAGUGACAUUGAUAUAUCAUAGAGAUUACAUACUUUUAUAUAAUAAUACUAGAUUGUUAACAUAAACGAAAUACUUUAUCGUACGCAUACAAUGAUAUAAAAUGUAUACAUUUUGUAUCACUUCGAAUUUUAUAAUUAUAAUAUUAUAA